CCAGUCAGCAACUUUUUUUUUUUUAUUAAUCUGUCAUGGUUCUCUUUGAAUGUUCAGGUCUGCUGCAGAUGAUGCCAACCCAGCAGGUGCUCCUGGAGCCCCAGGUGGCCCUGGAGGAGCCGGUCCUCCUGCUCCCCCUCCAAACACCACCAGCAACCGCCGACUGCAGCAGACACAAGCACAAGUGGAGGAGGUGGUGGAUAUCAUGCGUGUGAAUGUGGAUAAGGUUCUGGAGAGAGACCAGAAGCUCUCUGAGCUGGACGACAGGGCAGAUGCUCUACAGGCCGGGGCGUCACAGUUCGAAAGCUGUGCUGCCAAACUGAAGAACAAAUACUGGUGGAAGAAUUGCAAGAUGAUGAUUAUUAUGGGUGUCAUUGGAGUCAUCUUCAUCGGAAUCAUUUUCUUGUAUUUCUUCUCUUGAGCCGAUCCACCUGCAGCGAAUGAGAAAACGAAUGAGUGAAUGAAGAAAACACAAUCGUGAGCUCCGCCCAUUUUCCACAUCCUUCUCGCUUCAAUCUCGAUGUCUCUCCGUUUAGUCAGUUUU